AAACAUCGGCUAAUAGGUCAUGGGAGUUCUGGGAUUAGGGUUUUAGAAUGAGAGUAUGAAAGGGAUUUUACAGUCAGACGAGACACUGAGCGAGACACAGCUACGAACAACGACCUUGCCGGAGAAGACGAAGAAGAAGAAGAAGAAGAAGAAGAGCCAUGGUUCACGUCUCGUUCUAUCGCAACUAUGGGAAGACAUUCAAGAAGCCCCGUCGUCCCUAUGAGAAGGAGCGUUUGGAUGCUGAGCUGAAACUCGUUGGUGAGUAUGGACUUCAUUGCAAGAGGGAGCUGUGGAGAGUUCAGUAUGCAUUGAGCCGUAUCCGUAACAAUGCUAGGAUGCUUCUGACCCUCGAUGAGAAGAGCCCCCGCCGUAUCGUUGAGGGUGAGGCUCUUCUACGGCCAAUAAGAUUACAGAAGUUAUAUGAAUAGUAAGGCAUAGUUAGGCUCUUCUACCCCCGCCGUAUGAGGAUUACCUCUUCUAUGAAUCUACAGCCAACCCACCCCCAACUUCCCCAC